AUGGCCGGCUCGAAUAUGGAGAUGUUUCGCUUCGCGAUGUAUGUGUUCUUCCCCAUCGCUUCCAUGUACUACUUCGGUGAUAUCUCCUUCUACAACAAAUACGUCGCACAUCUGCAACUCUGGCCAGAUUCAAAUCCUAUUGAGAGAUUGCCGCAGGAUUCGACAGAUCUAAAGGAAGAGUUGGAGAAGGCACGGCAACGGCGGCCUGGUACUCUUUCACCUACUGAAGUUUCGUUUCGCUCGAAUGGACUGCUGUUGUCCUCAAGAUACGGCGGCUCCGUGACAUACUCGAGGUCACCACCGGGUCCUUCACGCUCACCUUCUCCAUUCACCCGUCCAACUACAGCCGACGCCAAACCCCGAACCUCUCAAAUCGAGAUCCUUGUCUCCGAGAAGAAACGUCCAUCAGAGGAGCGCCCAACUAUCGCCAAACGCGUCGUGAGUUCCCUCCUCCUUCCGCUCGAGCCAUCGGAAGAGAGGGAAUCCCCCCGAGGUCGCUCCCGACCUUCUCUCCGGCAUCGUUCGCACACCUACCACCACACCCCCCGCACCGGCUCUCCAUGGUCAUCUGUAACCAGUUCCUCACAAUCGACCGUCACCCCACACAGUCAUACCACCAAACGCUCCUCCCACUGCACCCCGAAACCAACCUUCAUCACACUCCCAAACGAGAUCCUCACACAAAUCGUCUCCCACCUCCCACAGUCCGAUCUCCUAACACUCACGCAUACUUCCAAACGCCUCCUCCCCAUAGCUCGACCUUUGCUCUACCAUGCACCAACGUUCUCGUCCACCUACCGUUUCGCACAAUUCGUUACCUCAAUCACCCGCUCCACCGCCCUCGGCUUCUGGGUCCGUGAAUUGGAUUUAUCGUCUUUGGCGAAGAUUGCGAUGGACGCGAAUAUUGCAACAUGGCGUGAAUGGAAAUUCAGGAAUAACCCACUCUAUGCAGCACCCGCCAAACUCGUCGUCGAACAAGAUGGGAAAGUACAUUCCCGGCGUACCGCGAACCAGCAUUUACAGAAAUACUCCGACGUACGCGACGUCCCGAUUGGGUCGAUCUUGCAUUUAUUGCACGCGUGUCCGAGACUGCACUACGUCAAUCUCUCCAAUGUCUCUAUCGCAGCGGACUACGCUGUGUCACGGACCACGAAACCCACGCGUAGACCACUGAUCAGUAAUAUCUUUGCGAGGUCGGCACCUGCGCCAUUACCGAUGAUGACUACCAAUCUUUUGUUUGCUUCUGAUAUUCCUCGUCAGCACAAUUGGGAUGAUGAGGAAUUGCGGUCGGUGAAGCCGACUGAGCUUGUUGAUGGGCUGUGUCGGUUGGAUCGACUUAAGGUGUUGAAGUUGAGGAAAGCGUUGUGGCUGAAUGCCAAUAUGGGCCAGAAGUUGUUGGAGAACGGGAGUUUACAGUGGGUUGAUUUGAGAGGAAGUGGGAUGCAGAGGGAUGCUCCGUGGGCAACGGUCGGCACGAGGGAUGAGGUGGCAAAAUAUUGGAAACAAAAUACCGCCGUCGAAGAGGACGAGGAUCACUAA